CUUGAAAUAAUUGAGCAGGAUCAUCGAGAAAUUUCUCGACUUCUCUGUGAAGGAGGAACGUAAAUAAAGUCGAAUUUUCAAGGCAGUUUAAAUUGCGAUUCCGUUAAGAACAAGAAUAUUAUCAAUCAAAUAGAAAUCAGCAAAUCAAAUCAAAAUGGUGAAAGAAACGAAGUUUUAUGAUAUAUUGGGAGUUGCACCCAAGGCUACAGAUAGUGAGAUUAAAAAAGCAUAUCGUAAACUAGCAUUAAAAUUUCACCCAGACAAAAACCCUGAUGAGGGAGAUAAGUUUAAACAAAUCAGUAUGGCAUAUGAAGUUUUAAGUGACCCAAAGAAACGAGAGAUUUACGACCGAGGGGGUGAAGACGCUAUUAAGGGGGGUGAUUCAGGGGGUGGGGGAUUCCACUCGCCUAUGGACAUAUUUGAUAUGUUUUUUGGUGGGGGAGGUGGACGAGGUCGUGGCCCCUCUAAAGGAAAGGAUGUCAUCCAUCAAAUGAAAGUAUCUCUGGGAGAUCUGUAUAACGGAGCAACACGGAAAUUAGCUUUACACAAAAAUGUGAUUUGUGACCAGUGCGAUGGUCGUGGAGGUAAAGAGGGCGCUGUGGGUAAAUGUAAUACCUGUCGUGGUACUGGAAUGCAGGUCCGUAUUCACCAGAUUGGCCCUGGUAUGGUUCAACAGGUCCAGAGCGUCUGUAGCGAUUGUCACGGCGAGGGAGAAAAAAUCAACGCCAAAGAUCGAUGUAAAAAAUGUGUGGGUAAAAAAGUCAUAAAAGAACGGAAAAUUUUAGAAGUUCACGUUGAUAAAGGUAUGAGAGAUGAACAGCAGAUUCGGUUCUCUGGAGAAGGAGAUCAAGAACCAGGGCUGGAACCAGGUGAUAUAAUUAUAGUGCUGGACGAGAAACCACACCAAGUUUUUCAACGCCACGGCCACGAUUUAAAACUGAAGAUGGACAUAGAUUUAGUUGAAGCAUUAUGUGGUUUUCAUAGAACUAUUGAUACAUUAGAUGAAAGAAUAUUAAUCAUUUCGGCAUUACCAGGAGAAGUAACGAAGAGCGGAGAUAUUAAGUGCGUGUUGAAUGAAGGAAUGCCUAUUUAUAGAAACCCACUGGAGAAAGGACGAUUAAUUGUAACAUUUAACGUGAAAUUUCCUCCCAAUAAUUUCCUGGCACAAGAGAAACUGAAACAAUUAGAAAAACUUCUGCCGGCGCGAGACGAAGUCAUAAUUCCGGACGCUGCAGAGGAAGUUAUGUUAACGGACUUCGACCCAGAAGCAUCAGGUAGUCGCUCGCGAAGAGAGGCCUAUGAUUCCGAUGACGAAGGUCAAGGAGGUCAAAGAGUUCAAUGUGCAUCUCAUUAGUGGACUUUAGGAAUAAAUUAUUUAACGUUGAAUUGAGAAAGGGAACAAAGAUGUUUUGGUUGUCGUCAAGUCUGGAAAUAUAGUCAGUCCUUCAUUUUACACCCCUCAAACUAAUAAUGAACUAUUCCACUCAUGCAUACUGCCAUUGUAAGGUAUGCUCAGAAGAGUUCAUUUGUAAAAUUAAGGGUCUUAAGUUGCCUGUUGUACUAUUUUCAGACUUGACUGUUAGCGUUUUGGAACAUGAAUAAAGGAGAGAAUAUGUCAGAUUUGUGAUCUUAUACUUUUUCAUUUUCAUUAAAUUUGAUUCAUUCUUUGCUUGCAUUUAUCAGAAAAAUCUAGCCUUUGCUUCAGAAAAAACACCUUUGUGUCUGAGUGUCAUUUAAAUAUCCUUGGUCUGUGCUUGCGUGAAUUGUUCUAGUAUGGCUAUUUUUCACUUCAGCAUUAUAACAUAAGCAAUUGGAAAUUUUGACUAAUUUUUUGAUGAGAAAUAUAUGAACCAUCUCAAAUCUUAACUCGAUUUCCAUCAAAAAAAUUAAUUUGAUUUUUAGAUGAAAUUAAUGUCCUUAUUGCCCCAGAGGCUAAAAAGAAUUUGAAAUGAUAAAAGUUGGCAUUUUCAUGAAUAAAGGAAUGAAACAGAUACACAAAUGCAAUAGUUUUAAUUCAAAUAUGAGUCAAAAAUUCUGCUUAGAAUUAAGGUUUGGGGGUUUUAAGAGCCUAUGAAACACGUAGUUUUUAAAUGAAAGCUCCAAUUCCCUUUAUUUCUUCAGCUCAAGUAAAAAUGAAACCAAAAUAAUCCCAUAUCUUUAUGUUUUGUAUAUCUUGUACAGUUUAGUGAUAUAUUUCAAUAUUGUAUGUAAAUGUUUUGUGAGUGGUGAUUUUAAUUAAAAUAUCAUGUAGACCUGCAGAAUUCUUUAUUCACAGCUUUUAAUACUGCUUUCACAAGCCUAGCAUUCUCCAAAUCUGUUGUAACACAUUGGUGGCUCUCGCUUGGUUAAUUCUGAACAGCUUCCGUCUGUUCCAACCGUCAAAAUGGUGUCGAUCGAAAGGUACAAUUUGCCACAUUUCAAAUUUUUCUUUCAAUUUCCAUCUUCUGAAUUCUGUCUACACAUACAAUUUUUCUGAACAAGUGGAAUGCGUUCUGAGCUCUGCUCAAAUUUGUUUUAUUGAACGAUGAUUCCAUCAAUUUUGAACGUUCAAAACUCACCAAUCAAGCGACCGACAUGUUCAACAAAAUAUUUAAAACCAGAGUAUAGAGGUCACUUAGGAAGACAAGCUAAUACAAGUUUGAAUUAUUCUGAAUUGAAUUAAUGGAACAUUCGUAAAUAAAAUUCACAGCUUACUGGUUUGUCACAACUUUACUUUUCUUCUUGUGACAAACCGAGAUGGUGUCAUGAAUGGUCCAUCGUAAUGUUCUCUAUAGUCAGUAUUCAAUUGUAAUUGUUGUUUAAAUUCUAUGGAAGACAAAAUAAUGAAUUAAAAAGUGUAUUUUGUUUUUUGUAAUCUAAUAUUUUGUUUUAUAAAUUGUGAAAAUAAACUUCCUAAAAAAUUAGUUCAUUGUAAAAAAAAAUGACCAAAAUCAAAAUAAACCAGAUUUACCAU